AUGUCUUCUUUUCUCACGCCCACCAAGAAGUCCCAAAAGCCGGCUACCAAGUCGAAGCCUUUCCAACCACCGAACCGCAUUCGAGCCAUCCGCGAGCAAGCCGAACGUCAGCAGGCCAAUGCCGCCGCCGCCGCCAACGCCGCUGCCCAAGCACAACAGAAUCGCUCAAGAGCACCUACCGUCGCCAUCUCGAAUCGUCCCCAAUGUCCAAAUAAGGCCUGCGUCAAACCCAAUGUUGUCGACGGCAUCUGUCAGACAUGUGGUCGUAUCGCCGACGACAGCAAUAUCGUUGCCGAAGUACAAUUCGGCGAGACGUCAUCCGGUGCCGCCAUGGUCCAGGGAAGCUAUAUCGCCGCCGACCAAGCUGGCGUGAGGACCAUGGGCCCGGCCUUCCGCCGCGUUGGAGGCUCCGAUGACCGAGAGAAAACCAUCCGCGAGGCUCGCGCCCUGAUGCAGGGUUAUGCCCAGCGUCUCAAUCUCAGCGAUAACACUGUGAACACCGCUGUUCAGUGUUUCAAGCUUGCCUCUCAGUCAGGUUUUACCCAGGGCCGAAAGAUUAUCGCCGUCGCUGCUGUCUGCCUCUACGCUGCGUGCAGGAUGGAAAGGCCGUGUCGCGUGAUGCUCAUUGACAUUGGCGACAUCAUCCAGGCGAACGUCUUCACAUUAGGAAGAACCUUCAAGGCGUUGACCAAAACCCUUUGUCUCUUUCCGAGCGGUGAGACGCCGGUUUUCCCUGAAGACAUCAUCUACCGAUUUGCCUCCAAGCUUGAAUUCAAGCAUAUGACCAACCGCGUCGCCGAGGAUGCUGUCCGCCUCGUCCGUCGCAUGAAACAAGAUUGGAUCGUCAUGGGUCGUCGUCCGUCUGGUAUCUGCGGCGCAUGUCUUCUGAUGGCUGCCAGAAUGCACAACUUUCGUAGGACAGUCCGUGAAGUUGUGUACAUUGUCAAGGUCACAAACCACACCAUCCAGGAACGUCUCGAAGAAUUCAAUGUGACGGAGACUAGUAAGAUGACGGUGGAGGACUUUUUGUCCCAAGAUUUUGGCUCCAGUUCUCACGACCCCCCGUCCUUCUACAAGAGCACCGAGGCUUGGCAAACGCAGCAGGAGGAGCUGGGCAAGAAGCGGAAGCGCAUAAUCACGGACGACGGUGGUAACAACAGGAUGACACCAGCCUCCUCGCUCCCACCGCCUGAUUUAUCUGCGGCGCCGGCCGUUGAGUAUCGUCGAGAUAAGGACGGCUACAUUAUCCCACCUCUACCAUCCAAAAUUGCCGUCGACGAGCCGGCUCUCAGAGAUGCGAAUAGCAAUCAACAUCUCGAAGGCUUAGCUGAAGAAUUCGGCGACGUGGAUAAGGAGAACGAGGAUUCAUCGCAGACGGAUGCCGGCAGUGAAAAGACCCGGCAACCAAAGCCCUCGUUGCCUAUCAACGACGAGUGGGAAGAAGACGAAGCCCAAAUGGAAGAACAGAUUUCGGAGAUUAUGAACGAUCCCGAGACCUACGAGCACGCCAAAGCUUUCAGCAACGCCGAGCAGCGAGCCCGCAUCCACUCGAUCUGGGCCCUCCAGCAGCAACCAGAUAAGGCCGUCUCAAUGGCGCCCGAGGUUGGCGAAGACGAGUUCGCAGAUGAUCCCGAGGUGGUGAACUGUAUGUUGACUCCAGACGAGAUUAAGAUCAAGGAGCUUUUGUGGGUCAACGAGAACAAAGAUUGGCUCCGCGCAUCGCAGGAGCGUCUUUUCCGUAAGAAGUUGGAGGAGAAGAAGCCUAAAAAGGACCGCAAGCGGAAGAAGCGCCCGCGCAUUGGCGAAGGCCAGACAACGCCUGCCAGCACGCCAGGUGAGGCUGCUGUUAACGUCAUGAAGGAGCGUGGCUUUUCAAAGCGCAUCAACUACGAAGCUAUUCGACAGAUGUUCGACGUGGCCGGUCAAGGCGAUCCCGGCUCCCGUCCUGAGAGUGAAGCCGCCAGCCGUCCUACGAGCAAGGCACCUAGUGUAGUGGACGAUCAUUAUGACGAAGAGGAAGAAAUCGAGCAAAUCGGUGGCGAUGAGGGCGAUGAGCACCAAGACGACGAGUACGGGGGUGGAGACUACGAUGACAUGGGCGACGAAUCCCACAUGUAUGAUGAGGACGAUCAGGGGCUGGGUGAGGACGAUGACGACGACGAUUUUGGUCUCAACGACGACGAUGAGUGA